GCGCGUCAUGUUGAUACGUAUGCGCCGAUACAGCUGUCGGUUAAAUUUUGCCCGAAUCAGCGUAGAAAAGUUAUGAAAAAUGAGUGAAUUUAAUGUCAAGAUAUAUCAAUAUCCUAUUUUCUGUAUACGUUAUAAUAGGGUUUCAUAUGACAUUGUUCGAUGAUGUAUGUUAUUUCGUCUAGGGAGGUUAUGAAGCUCUUGGUCUUGAUAGAGGAGACGGGGAAGUGAAGACCCAGUCGGGAUGGAUUCAAGCUCAGAACCAAAACCGCUGGGGAGUGGCCGGCCCGAACGCUAUGACAUUGACGAUCAUGUCGUGGGCUCCCCACAGAAGUACACCUUGCUGAAGGCAUUUGAUGCCAGCCACAUCUUCAGCAAGAACCCUCGCAAAUACGACAAGCUCAUUGCCCAGGAGGAUGGCUACUCCAAGGACGAUUCGGCGUUCUCCGACACUGAGGUCGACAGGUUCAAAGCUGGUGAGGAUAUACUGCCAAGGCGACGCACUCGGUCCAACUCCCUCACCUCAUUAGAUACCAUCGCACUGGAGACCAACUUGUCCGGAGCACAGCCGAUAGCACCCGAGUUGGACGACAGCAAGAGCAUGGUGGCAUCCAACCGGGCUGACGACAUGUAUCGUCGCUGCUCCUUAGACCACAUGGCUGAUUACUACUCUCGGAGAUCAUCAGACGCAGCUGUCACAGCCAUCUGGGAACCCUCAGGCACCGCUAGUUGGCGAUCGUCUACCAAAACCACAGUUGAAUCUACUGUAGCGUCUUACAAGCCCAAUAAAGUCAAAGCUGAAAAGUUUGGCGAACGCCACCUCACGGACAUCAUGAUGAAGGCAGCCUUCAAGGAACCGCUGGUCUCUUCCAAGAAAGAUGAAGUGAAACGUGGGGAGCGAAAGACCUCUGCUGUUAAUGAGUCUGAGGUGCCAACCUCGAGCAGGGAGGCACAGGAUAGACGCAUGUCCCUGCCGGAGACAGCCAAAGAUGUCAAGAAGACGUCAGUAGGUGAAGAAGUAAAUGUCAAGAUGACCACAAUCCAUCCGGAACCCCGGCGCCUAUUUGGCAUAGGGCCGCUGUACCGUCCCCUGCCGGAAACGGUGGUAGAGGGCGUUCCCACGGGCGUAACCUCCACGGACGGAUCGCUGGUGGACAAGAUCAAGAAAGAAGGGCUGGGGGCUGAGAAGAAAACGGGGAAGAAAAAAGCUCCCACAAAAGCUGAAAUGAACACGUGGGCCCCGUUCUCCAUGUGAAGACGUAAAGAGUUCAGUAAUAACAGGCAUAACGAUGAUCAUCCCAUUUGUGAUUAUAAGUACGAAACUUUGUGCUUAAAGUGCUAGUACAGAAGCGGGAUGAAACCAAGCGCACAAUCCAAAAUGAUAAAAGUCGGCGUGUCAGUGCAACAAGGUCGUAACUCCAUUCUGCAACAAAGUUGUAUCUCGCGCGAAUACGCUCCGUGCUACAACGUCGUAUCUCGACGUCCAUAGACUUUGUGUGUACAUCCGGGUUAUUUUAAGUGAGAUACGACCUUUUGACAUUCAAAAACUCGCGUUUUUGGUCCAUUUUAGGAGAUACGACCUUGUUGCACGGACAUGACGAAGUGGUAAGCUUACCAAUAGCACAGAAUUUUUCUGGUAAUACUAAGCAUAGAUUUAUUGAUUAUAUUAGGCUGAUCCAUGAAGGUGGAUUUGUACUCUAAGACUAAGCCUUUGUAUCUUCAAUAUGAAGUACGCAUUGUAAUAAACUGCAUUCCUCAGUAAAUCAAUUAAUGUGCACUCUCAAAUGUAAAUUUGUUAGGAGUGUUUUAUGAUUAAUUAUGUAUCAUUUCUUAUUCAUCAUACUUGGCCUGUUCUGAAAGAACAAAUUGCUCUCCCAGCCCUGUUUUGUACAUGUAUAUCAUUUGCGUUGCCAAUGUCUGUUAGCUUGACUGAAAUGCAUGAGAUUACUUGGGAGUUGAUAAAAUGCUCCUUAAAAUUAUGUAAAUAUUGCAUACAUGGGUUAAUAGAAGUGUGCGUAUGACUGAAAGAAAAGAGUUAAUGUAAAAAAUUAUGUUUUGUCAUAUUGACAAAAACCUUUAAGGCAAAUUGAUGCUGUAUUGAAAAUUAUUACCUUUUUAUCUAUUGCUCAUUUGACUGAAGUUAUAUUUCUAAUAUUGUCCAUGGAAAUGCCAAGUAUAUUGGACAAGAAUAAAGACAUUUAUGCAUUUAGCGUAUAGAACAAGAAAAAACAGCAAACAUUUUACAAAUCACAAAAUCUUGGUUACUGUUCUGUAAAGGUGGUUUGUCAUUUGCUGUAUGCAGGAAGGGAUUUUAAUGUUUGUUUUCUUCUUUUAUUUACGUUGGACAAUAUUUCAGGGGUUCCUGAAAAUUGGGUGGUUGUGAAACAAUAGAAAAAAAUACCUCAAGAUAUUGUUUACAGUCUUAAAAAUUAAUUAUUGUAUGUAAUGUUCUAUUAUGUUUAUUUAAAAAGUAGGAUAUCGACAUGAUUUAUGUUAUUAAAGUGACAUCACUGUUAUUAAAUACAUGUCAAUAAACCUUGAGAUCUUCAUAUUCUUUUUAACGAUUGUGUUAUAAUCUUUCACAUUUAUCCAGAUACCUAGCCAUUGGAAAAAAAGUUUAUUUAAAAUAUAAAAGAUAAUUUUAAUUUGUUUAAUUCAAAUUGGUAUUAUUAAUUUGACUUGUUCAACUUUUUUAUCAGAAAUAUAACAGUAGAUUUUAAAUAAUGAUCUAAACUGACCAGGAUAUACUUUUUUUUGAAUAUUAAAGCUUUUCUUGUCAUUAAAUUUGCAAUAUGUUUCAGUGUUGAAUUCAUAUGACGAAAUUCACUGCCAGAGCAUUUCAGCUCAUCGAUUUUAAAAUUCAGUCCCUCUAAAUCAGGCAAAACCUUGUUAUUGUGGGGAUUUGAUGGAUAUAGGACUUAAAAGGCCAGUCUAACAUUUUUAAACGCUUAAAGUACCACAUAGGUUUUAAGUGUACAAAGAAUCUUCCAAAUUGAAAAAGAAAAAUGUAACGAGUGUUUAAUUUUAGUGGUUGAAUGUAAUUCUUCAAGAUGUUCAUAUUUGGAACAUAUUUGGCAGUCAAUACGGCCCAAAAUGAACAUAUAGUGCCAUACUCUUUGUCAAAAAUCUGUCGAAUGAUGUCUGGGCUUUUAGCCCCAUGCACCAAGUAAUGUUUGAGUGGGAACAUUGAUUUGCCAGUUUCUUGAGCCGGUAUUGUGGGGAAAUGGUUUUCCUCUUGAAAAUAUUGCCGCUUAGGGAUAGGAAGAUUGUGGUAUGCAUGCUUAAAUAAUCGAAUAAAGAAAUAAAUGUAAAAAAAGGAAAAAACAUUAACAUAAAUAAAGAAAACCUUAAUAUUGAAAUGAUUAUUGUAAUGACUUUCAUGGCAUUUGCAAGAUAUGUUUUGUGCACAAUUUAUGAUCAGUAUUUUGCCUGAUGAAAUGCAUGUUGUUAUGCAUAAAUACUUUAAGAAUUCCUGUCUUUGGAAGAGUGGAAUGUUCAAAUAUGAGAAAAGUUAUAAUUUUUAUUAUUACUGCCAUUUUUAACAAAAUGAUUAAUACACAUUUAUGUUGUCAUUUAUGUCAAAAGCAAUAUCACUGCUGUAAAAAUGAAAUAAAAUGAAUUUUUGAAUA